AAGAUUCUCUUCUCCUCUCAUAUCAUGAUAAUCUUUAAAACGUAUUCACCCGAAACAAAUAUAUUCCGUGAUUUUAAUGAUUGCGUGUUCUUCGUGGUUCCAAAGUGUCGUGACAGCGUCCUGCGAGUUUAGACUAAUUGCCCACUUUCGCUCAGGACAAUUCCGUAGACAGCACACUUAGCUUGAAAAAUACGCGACUAACUUCAAUGGGUGUUCUAAAACCCAACAGGGCCUCAUCUAAAAAUUCAAAGUACUAUCUCAUUAGCCGUCAUUUAACUCAUCCCGUCAACAAAGACAGCACAACAUCCUUCACUCAAUUAUCCCAAAUUAUGCGUUGAUCCUGUCAAUAUUGUUCGAUUUCGGGACAUCUGCUACCAUGCGACUGGAUUGGGCGUUCAACAGCAAAGCCCUUUAAAUGCAACAAAUUUCGUCCAAUAGGAAGUGAGACGGUCACAGGCAAUUUGCUUCCGUGGGCCACCAAACGAACCCAUCCCUCACAAUAUUCAUUCAGCGAAUAUUCUGGCUGGAUCAACUUCGGGCGUAUUCUUUUUAAAGAUGUCGUUCGAAAGGUCCUCAUUCCGUCGAAAUUUCCAGGGAUGGGUUGAAUUAAACUAUGGUGAAAACAGUCGCACAAAGACAAUCACGCGAAAAAAGUUCAACAAAAUCUGCAGAUAUCUGUUGGGAGAGCCCCAGAUCGAAACUGAUGCAAAAUUUCGCUUCUGGGUCAAGUCGAAGGGAUUUCGAAUCGCACAAGCCGAGGAUAGUCCAGAUUAUGGCGUUUUGUAUGUUCCAGUGAAAGUUCCUCAUACUCGAAGCGUAGAGAUGUUGUACCCAUACGAAGACAAGAUCGGACAAUCAGCUCGCUCUCAAGUUGUCGAAUAUCGAAGAGUUGCUGUAGCAGAUGACUUUUUCGAUAUCAUAAGCAGUGUUCACAUCAAUGAGAGAGGAAUUCAUGUUGGGCAGAAAAAGACCUACAAAGCGGUUGCAAACACUUACGCAUUCCUCCCACGUGAGGCAGUGUCUUACUAUCUGAUGAGCUGCAGCACGUGCAAACAGAGAAUCCAGCGGUUUAACUCAAUUCUCUUGAAGCACGGAAGACCGCUGUCUCCUGUGUCUGACUUAGGCCGGGAGUCUCCCGCAUCUGAUCUGGAAUCAGAUGUAGAAGCAUCAUUUUCCAGCCAUGACUCAGAUGAUGAAGGGGGUAAUUAUGGUGUGAAGAGGUUUAAAAGGGAAAUUACAGAGGAAGUGUUUGAAGAGAAUGGAAACAGAAAUGGAGUGAGUUCACCAGGUACUGAACAUGAAAUGAUGGACACAGCAGUGAAUGGAGGUCAUGGCAAUGAUUUAACCAGAGAUGCUGCCCUUUGUCAAAGCGAUGAAAGCUUGGCUGCUAAAGGCUUACUACCAGGUUAUCAAACUUAUUCCACAGACCAAAAACAAGAAGUUGUAAAUUAUGCGAAAGAAACCACAGUUCGUGAAGCCUCUCGCAAGUAUAAUGUUCCACGCUCAACUGUUCAAGUUUGGUGCAAACAUGGACCACCAAUGAAAAAAGAAAAGCGCUCUCCUGGAGGGGGUGGACGUCGCUUGAGCUAUUCUAAUGAAACUGAUGAGAAACUUUUACAGUGGGUUUUACAUCAGCAGGACAAAGGCACACCUGUUACUAGGGAUGCAAUACAAGCUCAAGCCAGACUUCUUGUUCGAGAUGAGUGUCCUGAAUUUAAAGCUUCUAGUGGUUGGGUGGAGAAGUUUCUUUCAAGGCAUAAUUUGACCAUUGCAACUAAAAUGUCAUCACAGAAUCCAAGUGAAGCCAUCCCAAUUUCAUAUGUAGUUCCAAUUGCAUCCAUUCCAAUGAGCAGCUCAGGAGUGUUGAACCAUGGAGCAAAUAGUCCUCGAGCCACAGAUGGACGCAGUGUAACCAGUGAAGACACUCGGAGUGAUAGUGGAAAGAGCGAGGAGAAUGAUGAGCUGUAUGAUGCCACAUCGCCAGCUCUUCCAGAGAAUAAUACAGCCACUGCUGUAAAUCAAAUUAUAAGGGAGCCACCAAACCUUUGUGAAAUGUUGAAGCCUAUUCAAUGUGCAAGUUCACCUGCGUCAAUGGGGCUAAAGGAUGAAGACGAUGAUGAUGGAGAAGGGGAAGAUGGAGAUGGGGAUGGAGAGAAAGCUGACCCUGCUAAUGUCAACCCAGAAAGACUAAAAGCUUUCAAUAUGUUUGUGAGGCUGUUUGUUGAUGAAAACCUUGACAGACUUGUUCCAAUCUCAAAGCAACCCAAAGAGAAAAUUUUAGCCAUAAUUCAGUCAUGCAACAGACAAUUUCCAGAGUUCCGAGACAGAGCAAGAAAGCGAAUAAGAACCUACUUGAAGUCAUGCAGGCGUCUAAAGAAGCUAAAGGAACCACUCAAACGUGCUGCAGACCAGAUGAGUUCAAAUCCCAACAUGUCAGCAGCUCAGAUGGCUGAGGUGAAUAAUAUCCUGGCAUCAGCUUGUGCUAACGAGCAAGAGAAUGCACGGCUUGUUACUACUGAUAGUGAUGCAGCUGGUAAUACAGGAACUGUUCCUUCAUCUUCCCCUGCAGCAUCCCACAUGCCACAGAAUAGCACUGCUAACACAAGAACUAAUGACAGGCCUGCAGAAAAUGGCGGGCCAACCCUUCCCAAGCCAAAAGUACUGACACAGUGCCAGAUCAGUGCCACAGAAGUUCAAGCCAUCCGCCAACUGAUAGCGGGAUACAGGGAGUCAGCAGCCUUUCUCUACCGCUCGGCAGAUGAGUUGGAGGCGUUGUUGCCUCCUUUGUACAAUGAACACCAGUGUUUGGUGUAAAAUUUAAUGAUACACAAAUGAGAAAAAAAGGUAUUUAAUAACUUUAUGUAGACUGAACUUUAAAUUAUGGUUAGAGAGAGUAAAUUGAAGGUAAUGGCAAGUUUUAUUUAUUUGUUUGGUUUUGUUCAUUCAGUAAUAUGGCUUAUUUAGAUUAGGUUUCAUAUAUAUUUGAAAGCCAAGAAUUGUGAAUGACAUGUUUGUGAAUAAAUUGAAGUUCACUUACUUUUUACAAGAUCCUCAUAUUUUUUGUACUUUAAUUUCUUUUUGAGGAUCAUUGAUGAACUUAGAUUUUUUUGUUGUUAACGUUUUGUAGAAGUUUAUAAAGCAAGUCAUUAAUAAUGUUAUUGAUAAAUUAAAUUAUUCAUUUGUUAUUUAUUUUGACUUCCCAAUUUGGCGUAAAAUAAGUACCUGCUUGUGUUUGAUGCUAAGCAAUUUUCAAUUAUGUUAACAUUUCAAAGACAGGAGUGAUCAGUACUUCAAUUCUCCUUGCAAUUUUUAUACAUAGUGUUAUAGAACAGUAAUGAGAAUUCAGGAAACAAUCAUUCAGGGGAUAUUUUUGGGUAAACAUCAUGUUCUGGGGACUAGCUAACCUACUGACUUCAGAUGUGGAAUUAAGCUUCCAGAACUCAGGGGUUAAAGACUUCAGCUAGGAAAAUAUUUAAGGAAAUAUGAAAUUAACUGUCAAAAUUAGAAUGGGAUUGCUUUUCUUUUGCUUUCCUUUGCUUUUUUGAUUGGUCCGGAAAACCUAUACAACUUUCUCAACCAGUCGGAUUUGGAAAUGAAAACCAAUGGCUGCUGGGUUGCUCUCUUUUACCCAUGCUGUGAGCAGUUUGCUUGUUUUCACUCUGAGUUCUCAUUGGCUCCUGGGGAUAUUCCCCUUUGUUCGGAUUGGUUGUUGCGAUUUCUCUGAUUCUAGUUUUGGUUUUGUAGCACUCAAUUGAACUGGCCUCUGAUCAGUUCUUUCUUUAUUAUAAUUAUUCAGUUGUAGGCUAUCCAGCAAUACGUUUUAAAAAAAACUUUCACUUAAUAUAAGGGAUUGAGGUCAGUUCAUACCAGUUUUUGUUGGCCUUAAGACACUGGAUCUUACCAUUUAUCUUGAAUUCAAAAAGAAGCUUUGUCCUUUUUUGCCUUCGUUUUGCUUCUUUAUUUUCAAGUUAUGCAGCAACAAGUCUUAGGUUGUGUGUACUUUUUGAAACCUCUUGAAGAGGGACAUAUUUACAGGUUGGAAUAAAACACCAUAUGAAGUGUUGAACAGUCAUGAUGAGAUAUUUAGUUUUCGAUAUACUGGUAUUUGGACUUCAGCUGUUCUGAAGCAUAAUUCCAACUGUCUCCAUGCCAGCUGCACACAGGUACAGGAAUUCCCCAUGUCUGGUUAGAAAAUGUGUGAUAUGUUAGGAAAUAUUUUAUCAUAUACUUUCUAGAUAUGUUUAUAAUUGUCAAGGUUGAGAAUAUUUUUGUAGUGUGUAUCUGAUAUCUUUUUUAACAGUGUCAGAAAAUGAAUUCUAUUAACUGUCACCAUGAAGGUCAUUAGUUUUCUGUCAGGGAGAAUUUGGUCACUGAUCACAUUUCAGGGCAUCAAUUUCAUAACUGGAGUUGUCAAAGUUCAUUGUAAAUUGUUCAAAGUUUCUUCUGGAAUGUGUGUGUGUAUUGAAGGGGUUGUGCAUAAAACACUCAGUGAAAGUUAUUCACUGACCACUUUUCAUAAGGAAAUUUGAACUAUUUACAUCAUUCAAAAGAUGACAUAGUUCCUUAGCAUUUUUUUCUUAGUUCAUUACUGCAAACGGAUAAUGCAGUAUUAAUACCUCUUAAUUUAGCAACUUUAGUGUAUCCCACUCCUGAAAAGCAAUUGUUGUUCCAAUUUUGGCGAGCCUUUACUAUUCUCUAGACCAAGAAAGAGUAUUUCUAAUUCAAUUAGGGUAAUAAAUACCUUAAAAUUGUUUUAUGACUAAUUUAAAGAGGUGUUCAGGAUAUGUUAAUUCCAAUGUGUGAUAGUUGUAUAAAAUUAUUACUAUUAUUAUUACCAUUAAGUUAUUCUUUCUUAAAUUAUCUUGAAAUCUUGUUAUGUAGAGUUUCAGAGGUCAAUAAAUUUUUGACAGUUAGUGUU